AUGGAAGCCACCGCCCCGGCAGCAGUGAAAGCUGAAAAUGUGGAAGAUGGGGCCACUAACUCUGCCGAUGCCGGAGACUCACGGCCAACUCGUCCAACCGAGGAUGAACCCUACCCAUUGCCAGAGGAUGCCCCCGAGGAGAAGCGGAAACGGGUGGCGUAUUUCCAUGCAGCAAAGUCUGGAAAACGAGAAGUGGAAGAAGGGGAAAGGCAGCUCGCCGACUACAUGGCGCUCCCUCUCAGCCAGUACUCUGUGUUGGAUGCCAAGCGGGUGGAGAGGUUGGACGAGAGCACGUUCAAGUGCUAUGUCAGUGGCUUCAGAUUCUUUGGCUUUGUUGUUGAGCCGAUCGUGACUGUCGAUGUCAAGACAAGCAACCGAGGUUGCUUCAUCAGGAUGCUGGACUGUGAGUUGGAUGGGUCCAGUAUGGUGAAGGCCGCGAACGAGGCUUUUGAUGCGCGGAUGAGUAACAAUGUCACCUGGGAGCAGGAAGGAGAUCAGAAGCGCCUGUUGGCAGACACAGAGGUCAAGGUUGCCAUCUUGAUCCCAAAGGCAUUCGCCCUGACUCCUGUGUCGCUGGUGGAGAGCGUCGGCAAUGCCAUCAUGGGACAGGUCCUGAGGAUUGCAGUGCCUCGGUUCUUGAGGCAGCUGGACAAGGAUUACACAAUUUGGGCGGCUGGAGACGACUCUCGGAAACCCGUGGAGGUAUGA